AUGUCGGGUAUUCCUCCAAUCUACCUGCGCAUUGCCAGCACCGUUUGCUCCCUGGGGGUGCUGGCUGGCAACUACCAAUGGCUAUUGAUGCUGCCACAUCAAGCUUUGAUUCCGAUGCUCCUAAGCAUUGGGACCCUGAUCGCCUUGAGCUUCAUCCAGGACCCUGAGGUGAUCCAUGAGCCCCAGCGCUGUCCCGCCACAGAUUGGAAAAAUCCACCUCCGGCCGUGGGUGUGCGCGACGCGUUUCCCAAAUUUGACCGGAAAGAGCCCGUCAACUCCUUCGUGCAGAUUUGCGAAAGCCUCAUCGAGGAAUGCACGCGCGACUUGCCCAAGACUCAUGAGAUUCCAGAGAUGGAGCAGAAGUGGAUUGUGGACAUGCUGGAGUACAACGUCAAGGGCGGUAAGAUGAAUCGUGGCCUGAUGGUGAUUGAGAGCGGUGCAGUGAUCAUGAAAGCUCAAGGCCGUGAACCCACAGAAGAUGACUUGAAAAAGUUGGCGAUUCUGGGGUGGUGCAUCGAAUGGCUGCAGGCGUGGUUGCUGGUAGCUGAUGACUUCAUGGACAGCUCGGAGACCCGAAGAGGGCAAGUGUGCUGGUACAAGAAGGAGGGAGUCGAUGAGAUUGCCAUCAAUGACGCAUUUUUGAUAGAGAUGCUGGUCUACCGCGUCUUGAAGCGUCACUUUUGGAUGGAGCCAUACUACAUGGACUUGGUGGAUCUUUUCAUGGAGACCACCUUCCAAACUGAAUGCGGUCAAUUGCUGGACCUUCAGUGCAAAAAUGUCACGUUACAGGACUUCACAUACAGCAGAUGGGAGCUCAUCGUGAAGUACAAGACUGCCUUCUACUCUUUCUACCUGCCCGUUGCUUUGGGCAUGCAGGUGGCAGGGAUCCGGGAGCAGGACGCCUAUGAUGCGGUCCGGGAACCCUUGCUGUUGAUGGGCGUCUACUUUCAGGCCCAGGACGACUACCUGGACGCCUUUGCGCCGCCCGAAACCUUGGGGAAGAUCGGCACGGACAUCCAGGAAAAACACAUGCCUGGCGGACCUCGAAUUUCUCGGAUGUCUGGCAAGGUGUACGCCAGGUUGACUUGGGACUUUUUGCCACAGGACAAAAAGUGCGGAUGGCUCUUUGUGCAGGCCUACCAUCAGCUUUGCUCUCCAGAGCAGAAGGCAUACCUGGACGAGCACUAUGGAAAGUGUAAAGUUCAGACCCCUGAAGAGCAAAAGAUCAAAGAUAUCUACAAGGAGGUUGGCUUGGAACGGAAGUACACAGACUACGAGACCAAGUCCUUCCAGGAUAUCCUUGCCUUCAAGAAUCAAGUGCAAGAAGCACUCAAAAUCUGCUGCUCAGGCGAUGAUAGCAGUUCUGUGAACGAAGGUGGCUUCGAAGAAACAGCCGCAACUCGUGGCUUCGUGGCUUGGGCCAAGGUUUCAGCCCAUCAUGCCAUGGCCACCAGUCAGAGGGCUUCAGAAGCUGCGCUGCUCUUCUUAUGUGGCUCAAGAUGGCUCAACGAUGCAGCGUCGGCAGAGGCAUUGGCGGCCAAGCUGCAGCGUGGAGAGGAUGACAUUGAAGGUGCCAAGAGCUUUGUAAAGUACGGCUUUCCAAUCCCUGACGGCUUGGUCAUCGCUUCAUUUGGUCAGAGGGCAAGACAGAUCUCUCCGAGCCCAAAAGUCCUGCGAUUUUUGCUGGAGAACAAGGCAAAUCCCAAUGCUGAAGACCCCUUGACGCAAGGACCUGGCAUUCACAGCGCAUGUUGGCACGGAACUGUGGAAGUGGUCAAGCUGCUUUUGGACUUCAAAGCGAAUUUGGAGGCCAAAGAGCCCAAGAUGGAAACGCCACCACUGAACACUGCCUUGGCAGCAGGUAACGCACCCGUGUGCUUGGAACUUUUGAACCGCAAUGCGGACGUCCAAUGGAAACAUCACGACGGAGCCAGUGGCAACAGCAUGGAUUGCCAGUUCACAUAA